AUGGACGUGGUCGUGGACGUGGACGUGGACGUGGACGUGGACCUGGACGUGAACGUUGACGUGGACGUGGUCGUCGACGUGGUCGAGGACGUGGACGUGGACGUGGACGUGAACGUGGACGUGGUCGUGGACGUAGACGUGGACGUGGUUGUGGACGUGGAGGUGGACGUGGUCGUGGACGUGGUCGUGGUCGUGGACGUGGACGUGGACGAGGACGUGGACUUGGACGUGGUCGUGGACGUGGACGUGGACGUGGACGUGGACGUGGACCUGGUCAUGGACGUGGACGUGGACGUGGUCGUGGACCUGGACGUGGUCGUGGACGUGGACGUGGACGUGGACCUGGAGGACUUGGACGUGGUCCUGGACGUGGACGUGGACGUGGUCGUGGACGUGGAAGUGGACGUGGACGUGGUCAUCGACGUGGACGUGGACGUGGACGUGGACGUGGUUGUGGACGUGGACGUGGUCGUGGACGUGGACAUGGUCGUGGACGUGGUCAUGGACGUGGACGUGGACGUGGUCCUGGACGUGGACGUGGACGGGGAUGUGGACGUUGUCGUGGACGUGGAUGUGGACGUGGAGGUGGACGUGGACGUGGACGUGGACGUGGUGGUGGACGUGGACGUGGACGUGGACGUGGUUGUGGACGUGGACGUGGUCGUGGACGUGGACAUGGUCGUGGACGUGGUCAUGGACGUGGACGUGGACGUGGUCGUGGACGAGGACGUGGACGUGGAUGUGGACGUUGUCGUGGACGUGGACGUGGAUGUGGACGUGGAUGUGGACGUGGUCGUGGACGAGGACGUGGACGUGGUCAUGGACGUGGAGGUGGACGUGGUCGUUGACGUGGACGUGGACGUGGACUUAGACGUGGACGUGGACUUGGACGUGGACGUGGACUUAGAGGUGGACGUGGUCGUGGACGUGGACGUGGACGUGGUUGUGGACGUGGACGUGGUCGUGGACGUGGACAUGGUGGUGGACGUGGUCAUGGACGUGGACGUGGACGUGGUCGUGGACGUGGACGUGGACGUGGAUGUGGACGUUGUCAUGGACGUGGACGUGGAUGUGGACGUGGAUGUGGACGUGGUCGUGGACGAGGACGUGGACGUGGUCGUGGACGUGGAGGUGGACGUGGUCGUUGACGUGGACGUGGACGUGGACUUAGACGUGGACGUGGACUUGGACGUGGACGUGGACUUAGAGGUGGACGUGGUCGUGGACGUGGACGUGGACGUGGUCGUGGACGUGGACGUGGACGUGGACUUGGAUGUGGACGUGGACGUGGACGUGGACGUGGUCGUGGACGAGGACGUGGACCUGGACGUGGUCGUGGACGUGGACGUGGACGUGGACGUGGUCGUGGACGUGGACCUGGACCUGGACGUGGACGUGGACGUGGAGGACUUGGACGUGGACGUGGACGUGGACGUGGACUUGGACGUGGACGUGGACGUGGACGUGGUCGUGUACGAGGAUGUGGACGUGGACGUGGUCGUGGACGUGGACGUGGACGUGGUCGUGGACGUGGACCUGGACGUGGACCUGGACGUGGACGUGGACGUGGAGGACUUGGACCUGGACGUGGACGUGGACCUGGACGUGGACGUGGUCGUGGACGUGGACGUGGACGUGGACCUGGACGUGGACGUGAACUUGGACGUGGACGUGGACGUGGACGUGGAGGACUUGGACGUGGACGUGGACGUGGACGUGGUCGUGGAUGUGGUCGUGGACGUAGACGUGGACGUGGACGUGGUCGUGGACCUGGACUUGGAUGUGGUCGUGGACGUGGACGUGGACGUGGACGUGGACCUGGACUUGGAUGUGGACGUGGACUUGGACGUGGUCGUGGUCGUGGACGUGGACGUGGACGUGGACGUGGACUUGGACGUGGACUUGGACGUGGACGUGGUCGUGGACGUGGACGUGGACGUGGACACGGACGCGGACGUGGACGUGGACGUGGACGUGGACGUAGACAUGGACGUGGACGUGGAGGACUUGGACGUGGACUUGGACGAGGACGUGGACGUGGACGUGGACGUGGAGGACUUGGACGUGGACGUGGUCGUGGACGUGGACGUGGACGUGGACGUGGACGUGGUCGUGGACGUGGACGUGGACGUGGACGUGGUCGUGGACUUGGACGUGGACGUGGACGUGGACGUGGACGUUGACUUGGACGUAGACGUGGACGUGGACGUGGACGUGAACCUGGACCUGGACGUGGACGUGGACCUGGACGUGGAUGUGGACGUGGACGUGGACCUGGACGUCGACGUGGACGUGGACGUGGACGUGGUCGUGGACGUGGACGCAGACGUGGACUUGGAUGUGGACGUGGACGUGGACGUGGAGCUGGACCUGGACGUGGACGUGGACCUGGACGUGGAUGUGGACGUGGACGUGGACCUGGACGUGGACGUGGACGUGGACGUGGUCGUGGACGUGGACGUGGACGCGGACGUGGACUUGGACGUGGACUUGGACGUGGACUUGGACGUGGACUUGGACUUGGACGUGGUCGUGGACGUGGAGCUGGACGUGGACGUGGACGUGGACGUGGACGUGGACCUGGACGUGGACGUGGACGUGGACGUGGAUGUGGACUUGGACGUGGACGUGGACGUGGGCGUGGACGUGGUUGUGGACGUGGACGUGGACGUGGUCGUGGACGUGGAUGUGGAUGUGGACAUGGACGUGGACUUGGACGUGGACUUGGACGUGGACGUGGACGUGGACGUGGUCGUGGACCUGGACGUGGACUUGGACGUGGACGUGGACGAGGACGUGGUCGUGGACGUGGUCGUGGACCUGGACGUGGACGUGGUCGUGGACCUGGACGUGGUCGUGGACGUGGACGUGGACGUGGACGUGGACGUGGACCUGGACGUGGACGUGGACAUGGACGUGGAUGUGGACGUGGACUUGGACGUGGUUGUGGUCGUGGUCGUGGAAGUGGACGUGGACCUGGACGUGGACCUGGACGUGGACGUGGACGUGGACAUGGAUGUGGACGUGGACGUGGACGUGGACGUGAUCCUGGUCGUGGACGUGGACGUGGACGUGGUCGUGGACUUGGACGUGGACGUGGACGUGGACGUGGACAUGGACGUGGACGUGGACGUGGACAUGGACUUGGACGUUGACUUGGACGUGGACGUGGACGUGGACGUGGAGGACUUGGACGUGGACGUGGUCGUGGACGUGGAUGUGGUCGUGGACGUGGACGUGGACGUGGACUUGGACGUUGACGUGGACGUGGUCGUGGAUGUGGAUGUGGUCGUGGACGUGGACGUGGUCGUGGACGUGGUCGUGGACGUGGACGUGGACGUGGUCGUGGACGUGGACGUGGACGUGGACUUGGACGUGGACGUCGACGUGGUCGUGGUCGUGGACGUGGACGUGGUCGUGGACGUGGACGUGGACUUGGACGUGGAUGUGGUCGUGGACGUGGACGUGGUCGUGGACUUGGACGUGGACGUGGACGUGGUCGUGGACGUGGACGUGGUCGUGGACGUGGACGUGGACUUGGACGUGGACGUGGACGUGGUCGUGGACGUGGACGUGGUCGUGGACGUGGACGUGGACUUGGACGUGGACGUGGACGUGGACCUGGACGUGGACGUGGACGUGGACGUGGUCGUGGACGUGGUCGUGGACGUGGACGUGGACUUGGACGUGGACGUGGACGUGGACGUGGACGUGGACUUGGACGUGGACUUGGACGUGGACGUGGACGUGGACGUUGUCGUGGACGUGGACUUGGACGUGGACGUGGACGUGGACGUGGACGUGGUCGUGGACGUGGACGUGGACGUGGUCGUGGACGUGGUCGUGGACGUGGACGUGGACGUGGACGUGGACAUGGACGUGGACGUGGACGUGGACAUGGACUUGGACGUGGACUUGGACGUGGACGUAGACGUGGACGUGGAGGACUUGGACGUGGACGUGGUCGUGGACGUGGACGUGGUCGUGGACGUGGACGUGGACAUGGACGUAGAGGUGGUCGUGGACGGGGUCGUGGACGUGGACUUGGACGUGGACGUGGACGUCGACGUGGACGUGGACUUGGACGUGGACGUGGACGUGGACGUGGACCUGGACGUGGACAUGGACGUGGACGUGGACGUGGUCGUGGACGUGGACGUGGACGUGGACGUGGUCGUGGUCGUGGACGUGGACGUGGACGUGGACGUGGACGUGGACGUGGACAUGGACGUGGACGUGGACGUGGACGUGGACAUGGACUUGGACGUGGACUUGGACGUGGACGUGGACGUGGACGUGGAGGACUUGGACGUGGACGUGGUCGUGGACGUGGACGUGGUCGUGGACGUGGACGUGGACGCGGACGUAGACGUGGUCGUGGUCGCGGACGUGGACGUGGACGUGGACUUGGACGUGGACGUGGACGUGGACGUGGACGUGGACAUGGUCGUGGAAGUGGACGUGGACGUCGACGUGCACGUGGACAUGGACGUGGACGUGGACGUGGACGUGGACGUGGUCGUGGACGUGGACAUGGUCGUGGACGUGGACGUGGACGUGGGCGUGGUCGUGGACGUGGACGUUGACGUGGACGUGGACGUGGACGUGGUCGUGGACGUGGUCGUGGACGUGGACGUGGACGUGGACGUGGACGUGGACGUGGACAUGGACGUGGACAUGGACAUGGACGUGGACGUGGACGUGGUCGUGGACGUGGACGUGGACGUGGACCUGGUCGUGGACGUGGACGUGGACGUGGAUGGGACGUGGACGUGGAUGGGACUCGUGGACGUGGACGUGGACGUGGACGUGGACAUGGACAUGGUCGUGGACGUGGACGUGGACGUGGACGUGGACAUGGACGUGGACGUGGACGUGGACAUGGACGUGGUCGUGGACGUGGACAUGGUCGUGGACGUGGACGUGGACGUGGUCGUGGACGUGGACGUUGACGUGGACGUGGACGUGGUCGUGGACGUGGAGGACUUGGACGUGGUCGUGGACGUGGACGUGGACAUGGACUUGGACGUGGACGUGGACGUGGACGUGGACGUGGUCGUGGUCGUGGACGUGGACGUGGACGUGGACGUGGACGUGGACGUGGACGUGGACAUGGACGUGGACGUGGACGUGGACGUGGACAUGGACUUGGACGUGGACUUGGACGUGGACGUGGACGUGGACGUGGAGGACUUGGACGUGGACGUGGUCGUGGACGUGGACGUGGUCGUGGUCGUGGACGUGGACGUGGACGUAGACGUGGUCGUGGUCGUGGACGUGGACGUGGACGUGGACUUGGACGUGGACGUGGACGUGGACGUGGACGUGGACAUGGUCGUGGAAGUGGACGUGGACGUCGACGUGGACGUGGACAUGGACGUGGACAUGGACGUGGACGUGGUCGUGGACGUGGACAUGGUCGUGGACGUGGACGUGGACGUGGGCGUGGUCGUGGACGUGGACGUUGACGUGGACGUGGACGUGGACGUGGUCGUGGACGUGGUCGUGGACGUGGACGUGGACGUGGACGUGGACGUGGACAUGGACGUGGACAUGGACAUGGACAUGGACGUGGACGUGGACGUGGUCGUGGACGUGGACGUGGACGUGGACCUGGUCUCGUGGACGUGGACGUGGAUGUGGACGUGGACAUGGACAUGGUCGUGGACGUGGACGGACGUGGACGUGGACAUGGACGUGGACGUGGACGUGGACAUGGACGUGGUCGUGGACGUGGACAUGGUCGUGGACGUGGACGUGGACGUGGUCGUGGACGUGGACGUUGACGUGGACGUGGACGUGGUCGUGGACGUGGAGGACUUGGACGUGGUCGUGGACGUGGACGUGGUCGUGGACGUGGACGUGGACGUGGUCGUGGUCGUGGACGUGGACGUGGACGUGGACGUGGACAUGGACAUGGACAUGGACGUGGACAUGGACGUGGACGUGGACAUGGACGUGGAUAUGGACGUGGACGUGGACGUGGUUGUGGACGUGGAUGUGGACGUGGACAUGGACGUGGACGUGGACGUGGACGUGGACAUGGUCGUGGACGUGGAAGUGGACGUGGACGUGGACGUGGACAUGGACGUGAACGUGGACGUGGACGUGGACGUGGUCGUGGACGUGGACAUGGUCGUGGACGUGGACGUGGACGUGGACGUGGUCGUGGACGUGGACGUUGACGUGGACGUGGUCGUGGACGUGGAGGACUUGGACGUGGAUAUGGACGUGGAUGUGGACGUGGUCGUGGACGUGGACGUGGACGUGGACGUGGUUGUGGACGUGGAUGUGGACAUGGACGUGGUCGUGGUCGUGGACGUGGACGUGGACGUGGUUGUAGACGUGGACGUGGACGUGGAUGUGGAGGACGUGGACGUGGAGGACGUGGACGUGGAGGACGUGGACGUGGACGUGCACGUGGACGUGGACGUGGACGUGGACAUGGUCGUGGACGUGGACGUUGACGUGGACGUGGUCGUGGACGUGGAGGACUUGGACGUGGAUAUGGACAUGGAUGUGGACGUGGUCGUGGACGUGGACGUGGACGUGGACGUGGUCGUGGACGUGGAUGUGGACAUGGACGUGGUCGUGGUCGUGGACGUGGACGUGGACGUGGUUGUAGACAUGGACGUGGACGUGGACGUGGAGGACGUGGACGUGGAGGACGUGGAGGUGGAGGACGUGGACGUGGACGUGGACGUGGUCAUGGACGUGGACGUUGACGUGGACGUGGACGUGGUCGUGGACGUGGAGGACUUGGACGUGGACAUGGACGUGGACGUGGACGUGGACAUGGUCGUGGACGUGGACGUGGACGUGGACGUGGACGUGAACGUGGACAUGGACAUGGACGUGGACGUGGACGUGGACGUGGACGUGGACGUGGACGUGGACAUGGACGUGGACAUGGACAUGGACGAGGACAUGGACGUGGACGUGAUCGUGGACGUGGACGUGGACGUGGACGUGAUCGUGGACGUGGACGUUGACGUGGACGUGGACGUGGACGUGGUCGUGGACGUGGAGGACUUGGACGUGGACAUGGACGUUGACGUGGACGUGGACGUGGACGUGGACAUGGUCGUGGACGUGGACGUGGACGUGGACGUGGACAUGGACAUGGACGUGGACGUGGACGUGGACGUGGACAUGGUCGUGGACGUGGACGUGGACGUGGACAUGGACGUGGACGUGGACGUGGACGUGGACAUGGACGACGUGGACGUGGACGUGAUCGUGGACGUCGACGUUGACGUUGACGUGGACGUGGACGUCGACGUGGACGUGGACGUGGACGUGGACAUGGACGUUGACGUGGACGUGGACGUGGACGAGGACGUGGACGUGGACGUGGACGUGGACGUCGACGUGGACGUGGACGUGGACGUGGACAUGGACGUGGACGUGGACGUGGACGUGGACGAGGACAUGGACAUGGACAUGGACGUGGACGAGGACGUGGACGUGGACGUGAUCGUGGACGUGGACGUGGACGUUGACGUGGACGUGGACGUGGACGUGGUCGUGGACGUGGAGGACUUGGACGUGGACAUGGACGUUGACGUGGACGUGGACGUGGACGUGGACAUGGUCGUGGACGAGGACGUGGACGUGGACGUGGACAUGGACAUGGACGUGGACGUGGACGUGGACGUGGACAUGGUCGUGGACGUGGACGUGGACGUGGACAUGGACGUGGACGUGGACGUGGACGUGGACGUGGACAUGGACGUGGACGUGGACGUGGACCUGGACGUGGACGUGGACGUGGACGCGGACGUGGACAUGGACGUGGAUGUGGACGUGGACGCGGUCGUGGACGUGGACGUGGACGUGGACGUGGACGCGGUCGUGGACGUGGACGUGGACGUGGACUUGGAUGUGGACGAGGACAUGGACGUGGACGUGGACGUGGACAUGGACGUGGACAUGGACGUGGACGAGGACGUGGAUGUGGACGUGAUCGUGGACGUGGACGUUGACGUUGACGUGGACGUGGACGUGGACGUGGACGUGGAGGACUUGGACGUGGACAUGGACGUUGACGUGGACGUGGACGUGGACGUCGACGUGGACAUGGUCGUGGACGAGGACGUGGACAUGGACAUGGACGUGGACGUGGACGUGGACGUGGACAUGGACGUCGACGUGGACGUGGACGUGGACGUGGACGUGGAGGUGGACGUGGAGGUGGACGUGGACAUGGACGUGGACGUGGACGUGGUCGUGGACGUGGACGUGGACGUGGACGUGGACAUGGACGUGGACGUCGACGUGGACGUGGACAUGGACGUGGACAUGGUCGUGGACGUGAACGUGGACGUGGAGGUGGACGUGGAGGACUUGGACAUGGACAUGGACGUGGACGUGGACGUGGACGUGGACGUGGACGUGGACAUGGACGUGGACGUGGACGUGGACGUGGACGUGGACAUGGACGUGGACGUGGACGUGGACGUGGACGUGGACAUGGACGUGGUCGUGGACGUGGACGUGGACGUGGACGUGGACGUGGACAUGGACGUGGACGUGGACGUGGACGUGGACGUGGACGUGAACAUGGACGUGGACGUGGACGUGGACGUGGAGGACGUGGACGUGGACGUGGACUUGGACGUGGACGUGGACGUGGACCUGGACGUGGACGUGGACGUGGACGUGGACGUGGACCUGGACCUGGACUUGGACGUGGACGUGGACGUGGACUUGGACGUGGACAUGGACGUUGACGUGUACGUGGACGUGGACGUCGACGUGGACAUGGUCGUGGACGAGGACGUGGACAUGGACAUGGACGUGGACGUGGACGUGGACGUGGACGUGGACAUGGACGUCGACGUGGACGUGGACGUGGACGUGGACGUGGACGUGGACGUGGAGGUGGACGUGGACGUGGACGUGGACGUGGACGUGGUCGUGGACGUGGACGUGGACGUGGACGUGGACGUGGACAUGGAUGUGGACGUGGACGUGGACAUGGUCGUGGACGUGAACGUGGACGUAGAGGUGGACGUGGAGGACUUGGACAUGGACAUGGACGUGGACGUGGACGUGGACGUGGACGUGGACGUGGACAUGGACGUGGACGUGGACGUGGACGUGGACGUGGACAUGGACGUGGACGUGGACGUGGACGUGGACGUGGACGUGGACGUGGUCGUGGACGUGGACGUGGACGUGGACAUGGACGUGGACGUGGACGUGGACGUGGACGUGGACGUGAACAUGGACGUGGACGUGGAGGACGUGGACGUGGACGUGGACUUGGACGUGGACGUGGACGUGGACCUGGACGUGGACGUGGACGUGGACGUGGACGUGGACCUGGACCUGGACUUGGACGUGGACGUGGACGUGGACUUGGACGUGGACGUGGACGUGGUCGUGGACGUGGUCAUGGACGUGGAGGACUUGGACGUGGACGUGGACGUGGUCGUGGACGUGGACGCGGACCUGGACGUGGACGUGGUCGUGGACGUGGUCGUGGACGUGGAGGACGUGGUCGUGGACGUGAACGUGGACGUGGUCGUGGUCGUCGACGUGGUCGUAGAUGUGGACGUGGUCGUCCACGACGUGGACGUGGACAUGGACGUGGACAUGGACGUGGUCGUGGACGUGGAUGUGGACGUGGAUGUGGACGUGGACGUGGACAUGGUCGUGGAUGUGGACGUGGACGUGGACGUAGACGUGGUCGUGGACUUGGACGUGGACGUGGACGUGGACCUGGACGUGGACAUGGACGUGGUCGUGGACAGGGACGUGGUCGUGGAGGACGUGGACGUGGAUGUGGACGUGGAAGUGGACGUGGACGUGGACAUGGUCGUGGAUGUGGACGUGGACGUGGACGUGGACGUGGUCGUGGACGUGGUCGUGGACGUGGACGUGGACGUGGACGUGGACUUGGACGUGGACGUGGACGAGGACGUGGACGUGGUCGUGGACGUGGAGGACUUGGACGUGGACAUGGAUGUGGACGUGGACGUGGACGUGGACCUAGAGGUGGUCGUGGACGUGGACGUGGUCGUGGACGUGGACGUGGACCUGGACGUGGACGUGGACCUGGACGUGGACGUGGACGUGGACGUGGAUGUGGACGUGGUCGACGUGGAAGUGGAUGUGGAUGUGGACGUGGACGUGGUUGUGGACGUGGACGUGGACGUUGACGUGGACGUGGACGUGGUUGUGGACAUGGAGGACUUGGACUUGGACGUGGACGUGAACAUGGAUGUGGACGUGGACGUGGACGUGGACGUGAACAUGGACGUGGACGUGGACGUGAACAUGGACGUGGACGUGGACGUGAACAUGGACGUGGACGUGGACGUGGACGUGAACAUGGACGUGAACAUGGACGUGGACGUGGACGUGGACGUGGACUUGGACGUGGACGUGGACCUGGACGUGGACGUGGACGUGGACGUGGACCUGGACUUGGACCUGGACUUGGACGUGGACGUGGACGUGGACAUGGACGUGGACGUGGACGUGGACGUGGACAUGGACGUGGACAUGGACGUAGACGAGGACGUGGAUGUGGACGUGAUCGUGGACGUGGACGUUGACGUUGACGUGGACGUGGACGUGGAGGACUUGGACGUGGACAUGGACGUUGACGUGGACGUGGACGUGGACGUGGACGUGGACAUGGUCGUGGACGUGGACGUGGAUAUGGACAUGGACGUGGACGUGGACGUGGACGUGGACAUGGACGUGGACGUGGACGUGGACGUGGAGGUGGACGUGGAGGUGGACGUGGACGUGGACGUGGACGUGGACGUGGACGUGGACGUGGACGUGGACGUGGACAUGGACGUGGACGUGGACGUGGACGUGGACGUGGUCGUGGACGUGGACGUGGACGUGGACGUGGUCGUGGACGUGGACGUGGACGUGGACGUGAACAUGGACGUGGACAUGGUUGUGGACGUGGACGUGAACGUGGACGUGGUGGUGGACGUGGAGGACUUGGACAUGGACAUGGACGUGGACGUGGACGUGGACGUGGACAUGGACGUGGACGUGGACGUGGACGUGGACGUGGACGUGGACGUGGACAUGGACGUGGUCGUGGACGUGGACGUGGACGUGGACGUGGACAUGGACGUGGACGUGGACGUGGACGUGGACGUGAACAUGGACGUGGACGUGGACGUGGAGGUGGAGGACGUGGACGUGGACGUGGACGUGGACUUGAACGUGGACGUGGACGUGGACCUGGACGUGGACGUGGACGUGGACGUGGACGUGGACGUGGACCUGGACUUGGACGUGGACGUGGACGUGGACUUGGACGUGGACGUGGACGUGGUCGUGGACGUGGACGCGGACCUUGACGUGGACGUGGUCGUGGACGUGGUCGUGGACGUGGAGGACGUGGUCGUGGACGUGGACGUGGUCGUGGUCGUGGACGUGGUCGUAGAUGUGGACGUGGUCGUCCACGACGUGGACGUGGACAUGGACGUGGACAUGGACGUGGUCGUGGACGUGGAGGACUUGGACGUGGACGUGGAUGUGGACGUGGACCUGGACGUGGACGUGGACGUGGUCGUGGACGGGGACGUGGUCGUGGAGGACGUGGACGUGGAUGUGGACGUGGAAGUGGACGUGGACGUGGACGUGGUCGUGGAUGUGGACGUGGACGUGGACGUGGUCGUGGACGUGGUCGUGGACGUGGACGUGGACGUGGACUUGGACGUGGAUGUGGACGUGGACGUGGUCGUGGACGUGGAGGACUUGGACGUGGACAUGGACGUGGACGUGGACGUGGACGUGGACCUGGAGGUGGUCGUGGACGUGGUCGUGGACGUGGACGUGGACCUGGACGUGGACGUGGACCUGGACGUGGACGUGGACGUGGACCUGGACUUGGACGUGGAUGUGGAUGUGGACGUGGUCGACGUGGAAGUGGAUGUGGAUGUGGACGUGGACGUGGUUGUGGACGUGGGCGUGGACGUUGACGUGGACGUGGACGUGGUUGUGGACGUAGACGUGAACAUGGACGUGGACGUGGACGUGGACGUGGACGUGAACAUGGACGUGGACGUGGACGUGGACGUGAACAUGGACGUGGACGUGGACGUGAACAUGGACGUGGACGUGGACGUGGACGUGGACGUGAACAUGGACGUGAACAUGGACGUGGACGUGGACUUGGACGUGGACGUGGACGUGGACCUGGACGUGGACGUGGACGUGGACGUGGACCUGGACCUGGACUUGGACGUGGACGUGGACGUGGAGGACUUGGACGUGGACGUGGACGUGGAGGUGGACGUGGACGUGGACGUGGAUAUAGACAUGGACAUGGACGUGGACGUGGACGUGGACGUGGACAUGGACGUGGACGUGGACGUGGACAUGGACGUGGACAUCGACGUGGACAAGGACAUGGACGUGGACAUGGACGUGGACGUGGACGUGGAUGUGGACAUGAUCGUGGACGUGGACGUUGACGUGGACGUGGACGUGGUCGUGGACGUGGAGGACUUGGACGUGGACAUCGACGUUGACGUGGACGUGGACGUGGACGUGGACGUGGACAUGGUCGUGGACGUGGACGUGGACGUGGACAUGGACAUGGACGUGGACGUGGACGUGGACGUGGACAUGGACGUGGACGUGGACGUGGACGUGGACAUGGUCGUGGACGUGGACGUGGACAUGGACGUGGACAUGGACGUGGACGUGGACGUGGACGUGGACAUGGACGUGGACGUGGACGUGGACGUGGACAUGGAGGUGGACGUGGACGUGGACAUGGAGGUGGACGUGGACGUGGACGUGGACGUGGACAUGGACGUGGACGUGGACGUGGACGUGGACAUAGACGUGGACGUGGACGUGGAUAUGGACGUGGACGUGGACGUGGUCGUGGACGUGGACAUGGACGUGGACGUGGACGAGGACAUGGACGUGGACGUGGACGUGGACGUGGACGUGGACGUGGACAUGGACGUGGACGUCGACGUGGACGAGGACGUGGACGUGGACGUAGACGAGGACAUGGACGUGGACGUGGACGUGGACAUGGACGUGGACAUGGACGUGGACGUGGACGUGGAUGUGGACGUGAUCGUGGACGUGGACGUUGACGUGGACGUGGACGUGGACGUGGUGAUGGACGUGGAGGACUUGGACGUGGACAUGGACGUUGAUGUGGACGUGGACGUGGACAUGGACAUGGACCUGGACGUGGACGUGGACGUGGACGUGGACGUGGACGUGGACAUGGUCGUGGACGUGGACGUGGACUUGGACGUGGACGUGGACGUGGACGUGGACGUGGACGUGGACGUGGACAUGGACGUGGACGUGGAUGUGGACAUGGACGUGGACGUAGACGUAAAUAUGGACGUGGACGUGGACGUGGAUAUGGACGUGGACGUGGACGUGGUCGUGGACGUGGACAUGGACGUGGACGUGGACGUGGACGUGGACGUGGACGUGGACAUGGACGUGGACGUGGACAUGGACGUGGACGUCGACGUGGACGUGGACGUGGACAUGGACGUGGACGUGGACGUGGACGUGGACAUGGAUGUGGAGGUGGACGUGGACGUGGACGUGGACGUGGACAUGGACGUGGACGUGGACGUGGAUAUGGACGUGGACGUGGACAUGGUCGUGGACGUGGACGUGGACGUGGACGUGGACGAAGACAUGGACGUGGACGUGGACGUGGACGUGGACGUGGACAUGGACGUGGACGUGGACGUGGACGAGGACGUGGACGUGGACGUGGACGAGGACAUGGACGUGGACGUGGACGUGGACAUGGACGUGGACAUGGACGUGGACGUGGACGUGGAUGUGGACGUGAUCGUGGACGUGGACGUUGACGUGGACGUGGACGUGGUCAUGGACGUGGAGGACUUGGACGUGGAGAUGGACGUUGAUGUGGACGUGGACGUGGACGUGGACAUGGACAUGGACUUGGACGUGGACGUGGACGUGGACAUGGACAUGGACGUGGACGUGGACGUGGACGUGGACAUGGUCGUGGACGUGGACGUGGACUUGGACAUGGACGUGGACGUGGACGUGGACGUGGACGUGGACAUGGACAUGGACGUGGACAUGGACGUGGACGUGGAUGUGGACAUGGACGUGGACGUAGACGUAAAUAUGGACGUGGACGUGGACGUGGAUAUGGACGUGGACGUGGACGUGGUCGUGGACGUGGACAUGGACGUGGACGUGGACGUGGACGUGGACGUGGACAUGGACGUGGACGUGGACGUGGACAUGGACGUGGACGUCGACGUGGACGUGGACGUGGACAUGGACGUGGACGUGGACGUGGACAUGGAUGUGGAGGUGGACGUGGACGUGGACAUGGACGUGGACAUGGACGUGGACGUGGACGUGGAUAUGGACGUGGACGUGGACAUGGUCGUGGACGUGGACGUGAACGUGGACGUGGACGAGGACAUGGACGUGGACGUGGACGUGGACGUGGACGUGGACAUGGACGUGGACGUGGACGAGGACGUGGACGUGGACGAGGACAUGGACGUGGACGUGGACGUGGACAUGGACGUGGACAUGGACGUGGACGUGGAUGUGGACGUGAUCGUGGACGUGGACGUUGACGUGGACGUGGAAGUGGUCAUGGACGUGGAGGACUUAGACGUGGACAUGGACGUUGAUGUGGACGUGGACGUGGACGUGGACAUGGACAUGGACCUGGACGUGGACGUGGACGUGGACAUGGACAUGGACGUGGACGUGGACGUGGACGUGGACAUGGUCGUGGACGUGGACGUGGACUUGGACAUGGACGUGGACGUGGACGUGGACGUGGACAUGGACGUGGACGUGGACGUGGACGUGGACGUGGACAUGGACGUGGACGUGGACGUGGACGUGGACGUGGACGUGGACAUGGACGUGGACGUGGACGUGGACGUGGACGUGGACGUGGACGUGGACGUGGACGUGGACGAGGACAUGGACGUGGACGUGGACGUGGACGUGGACGUGGACAUGGACGUGGACGUGGACGUGGACGAGGACGUGGACGUGAACGUGGACGAGGACAUGGACGUGGACGUGGACGUGGACGUGGACGUGGACGUGGACGUGGACAUGGACGUGGACGUGGACGUGGAUAUGGACGUGGACGUGGACAUGGUCGUGGACGUGGACGUGGACGUGGACGAGGACAUGGACGUGGACGUGGACGUGGACGUGGACGUGGACGUGGACGUGGACAUGGACGUGGACGUGGACGUGGACGAGGAUGUGGACGUGAUCGUGGACGUGGACGAGGAUGUGGACGUGAUCGUGGACAUGGACGUGGACGUGAACGUGGACAUGGACGUGGACGUGGACAUGGACGUGGACGUGGACGUGGACAUGGUCGUGGAUGUGGACGUGGACGUGAACAUGGACGUGGAAGUGGACGUGGACGUGGACAUGGUCGUGGACGUGGACGUGGACGAGGACGUGGACGUGGACGUGGACAUGGACGUGGACGUGGACGUGGACGUGGACGAAGACAUGGACGUGGACAUGGACGUGGACGUGGACGUGGACGUGGACGUGAUCGUGGACGUGGACGUUGACGUGGACGUGGACGUGGACGUGGUCGUGGACGUGGAGGACUUGGACGUGGACAUGGACGUUGACGUGGACGUGGACGUGGACGUGGACAUGGUCGUGGACGUGGACGUGGACGUGGACAUGGACGUGGACGUGGACGUGGACAUGGACGUGGACGUGGACGUGGACGUGGACAUGGUCGUGGACGUGGACGUGGACGUGGACGUGGACAUGGACGUGGACGUGGACGUGGACGUGGACGUGGACAUGGAGGUGGACGUGGACAUGGACAUGGAGGUGGACGUGGACGUGGACGUGGACGUGGACGUGGACGUGGAUAUGGACGUGGACGUGGACGUGGUCGUGGACGUGGACGUAGACGUGGACGUGGACGAGGACAUGGACGUAGACGUGGACGUGGACGUGGACAUGGACGUGGACGUCGACGUGGACGAGGACGUGGACGUGGACGUGGACGAGGACAUGGACGUGGACGUGGACGUGGACGUGGACGUGGACAUGGACGUGGACAUGGACGUGGACGUGGACGUGGAUGUGGACGUGAUCGUGGACGUGGACGUUGACGUGGACGUGGACGUGGUGAUGGGUGUGGAGGACUUGGACGUGGACAUGGACGUUGAUAUGGACGUGGACGUGGACGUGGACAUGGACAUGGACCUGGACGUGGACGUGGACGUGGACGUGGACGUGGACGUGGACAUGGUCGUGGACGUGGACGUGGACGUGGACGUGGACGUGGACGUGGACGCGGACGUGGACGUGGACAUGGACGUGGACGUGGACGUGGACGUAGACGUGGAUAUGGACGUGGACGUGGACAUGGACGUGGACGUGGACGUGGACGUGGACGUGGUCGUGGACGUGGACGUGGACGUGGACGUGGACGUGGACGUGGACGUGGACGUGGACAUGGACGUGGACGUGGACGUGGACAUGGACGUGGACGUCGACGUGGACGUGGACGUGGACGUGGACAUGGACGUGGACGUGGACAUGGACGUGGAGGUGGACGUGGACGUGGACGUGGACAUGGACGUGGACGUGGACGUGGAUAUGGACGUGGACGUGGACAUGGUCGUGGACGUGGACGUGGACGUGGACGUGGACGAGGACAUGGACGUGGACGUGGACGUGGACGUGGACAUGGACGUGGACGUGGACGUGGACGAGAACGUGGACGUGGACGUGGACGAGGACAUGGACGUGGACGUGGACGUGGACGUGGACAUGGACGUGGACAUGGACGUGGACGUGGACGUGGAUGUGGACGUGAUCGUGGACGUGGACGUUGACGAGGACUUGGACGUGGACAUGGACGUUGAUGUGGACGUGGACGUGGACGUGGACAUGGACAUGGACCUGGACGUGGACGUGGACGUGGACAUGGACAUGGACGUGGACGUGGACGUGGACGUGGACAUGGUCGUGGACGUGGACGUGGACUUGGACAUGGACGUGGACGUGGACGUGGACGUGGACGUGGACGUGGACAUAGACGUGGACGUGGACGUGGACGUGGACGUGGACGUGGACGUGGACGUGGACGUGGACAUGGACGUGGACGUGGACGUGGACGUGGUCGUGGACGUGGACAUGGUCGUGGACGUGGACGUGGACGUGGACGUGGACGAGGACAUGGACGUGGACGUGGACGUGGACGUGGACAUGGACGAGGAUGUGGACGUGGACGUGGACGAGGACAUGGACGUGGACGAGGACAUGGACGUGGACGUGGACGUGGACGUGGACGUGGACGUGGAUAUAGACGACAUGGACGUGGACGUGGACGUGGACGUGGACGUGGACCUGGACAUGGACGUGGACGUGGACGUGGACGAGGAUGUGGACGUGAUCGUGGACGUGGACGAAGAUGUGGACGUGAUCGUGGACAUGGACGUGGACGUGAACGUGGACAUGGACGUGGACGUGGACAUGAACGUGGACGUGGACGUGGACAUGGUCGUGGACGUCGACGUGGACGUGAACAUGGACGUGGACGUGGACGUGGACGUGGACGUGAACGUGGUCGUGGACGUGGACGUGGAAGUGGACGUGGACGUGGUCAUGGAUGUGGUCGUAGACGUAGACGUGGUCGUGGACGUGGUCGUAGACGUGGAUGUGGACGUGGACGUGGACGUGGACAUGGACGUGGACGUGGACGUGGACGUGAACAUGGACAUGGACAUGGACGUGGACGUGGACGUGGUCGUGGACGUGGAGGUGGACAUGGACGUGGUCGUGGUCGUGAACGUGGACGUGGACGUGGUCGUGGACGUGGACGUGGACGUGGACGUGGAGGACGUGGACGUGGAGGACGUGGACGUGGACGUGGAGGACGUGGACGUGGACGUGGACGUGGACGUUGACGUGGACGUGGACGUGGUGGUGGACGUGGAGGACUUGGACGUGGACAUGGACGUGGACGUGGACGUGGACGUGGACGUGGACGUGGACGUGGUCGUGGACGUGGACGUAGACGUGGACGUGGACGUGGACGUGGACAUGGACGUGGACGUGGACGUGGACUUGGACAUGGACGUGGACGUGGACGUGGACGUGGACGUGGACAUGGACGUGGACGUCGACGUGGACGAGGACGUGGACGUGGACGUGGACGAGGACAUGGACGUGGACGUGGACGUGGACGUGGACAUGGACGUGGACAUGGACGUGGACGUGGACGUGGAUGUGGACGUGAUCGUGGACGUGGACGUUGACGUGGACGUGGACGUGGUGAUGGACGUGGAGGACUUGGACGUGGACAUGGACGUUGACGUGGACGUGGACGUGGACGUGGACGAGGACAUGGACGUGGACGUGGACGUGGACGUGGACGUGGACAUGGACGUGGACGUGGACGUGGACGAGGAUGUGGACGUGAUCGUGGACGUGGACGAGGAUGUGGACGUGAUCGUGGACAUGGACGUGGACGUGAACGUGGACAUGGACGUGGACGUGGACAUGGACGUGGACGUGGACGUGGACAUGGUCGUGGACGUGGACGUGGACGUGAACAUGGACGUGGAAGUGGACGUGGACGUGGACAUGGUCGUGGACGUGGACGUGGACGUGGACGUGGACGUGGACGUGGACAUGGACGUGGACGUGGACGUGGACGUGGACGUGGACGAAGACAUGGACGUGGACAUGGACGUGGACGAGGACAGGGACGUGGACAUGGACGUGGACGUGGACGUGGAUGUGGACGUGAUCGUGGACGUGGACGUUGACGUGGACGUGGACGUGGACGUGGUCGUGGACGUGGAGGACUUGGACGUGGACAUGGACGUUGACGUGGACGUGGACGUGGACGUGGACGUGGACAUGGUCGUGGACGUGGAUGUGGACGUGGACAUGGACAUGGACGUGGACGUGGACGUGGACAUGGACGUGGACGUGGACGUGGACAUGGUCGUGGACGUGGACGUGGACGUGGACGUGGACAUGGACGUGGACGUGGACGUGGACGUGGACGUGGACAUGGAGGUGGACGUGGACGUGGACAUGGAGGUGGACGUGGACGUGGACGUGGACGUGGACGUGGACGUGGACGUGCACGUGGAUAUGGACGUGGACGUGGACGUGGUCGUGGACGUGGACGUAGACGUGGACGUGGACGAGGACAUGGACGUGGACGUGGACGUGGACGUGGACAUGGACGUGGACGUCGACGUGGACGAGGACGUGGACGUGGACGUGGACGAGGACAUGGACGUGGACGUGGACGUGGACGUGGACGUGGACAUGGACGUGGACAUGGACGUGGACGUGGACGUGGAUGUGGACGUGAUCGUGGACGUGGACGUUGACGUGGACGUGGACGUGGUGAUGGACGUGGAGGACUUGGACGUGGACAUGGACGUUGAUAUGGACGUGGACGUGGACGUGGACAUGGACAUGGACCUGGACGUGGACGUGGACGUGGACGUGGACGUGGACGUGGACAUGGUCGUGGACGUGGACGUGGACGUGGACGUGGACGUGGACGUGGACGCGGACGUGGACGUGGACAUGGACGUGGACGUGGAUGUGGACAUGGACGUGGACGUAGACGUGGAUAUGGACGUGGACGUGGACGUGGAUAUGGACGUGGACGUGGACGUGGUCGUGGACGUGGACGUGGACGUGGACGUGGACGUGGACGUGGACGUGGACAUGGACGUGGACGUGGACGUGGACAUGGACGUGGACGUCGACGUGGACGUGGACGUGGACGUGGACAUGGACGUGGACGUGGACAUGGACGUGGAGGUGGACGUGGACGUGGACGUGGACGUGGACAUGGACGUGGACGUGGACGUGGAUAUGGACGUGGACGUGGACAUGGUCGUGGACGUGGACGUGGACGUGGACGUGGACGAGGACAUGGACGUGGAUGUGGACGUGGACGUGGACGUGGACAUGGACGUGGACGUGGACGUGGACGAGAACGUGGACGUGGACGUGGACGAGGACAUGGACGUGGACGUGGAUGUGGACGUGGACAUGGACGUGGACAUGGACGUGGACGUGGACGUGGAUGUGGACGUGAUCGUGGACGUGGACGUUGACGUGGACGUGGACGUGGUCAUGGACGUGGAGGACUUGGACGUGGACAUGGACGUUGAUGUGGACGUGGACGUGGACGUGGACAUGGACGUGGACCUGGACGUGGACGUGGACGUGGACAUGGACAUGGACGUGGACGUGGACGUGGACAUGGACAUGGUCGUGGACGUGGACGUGGACUUGGACAUGGACGUGGACGUGGACGUGGACGUGGACGUGGACGUGGACAUAGACGUGGACGUGGACGUGGACGUGGACGUGGACGUGGACGUGGACAUGGACGUGGACGUGGACGUGGACGUGGUCGUGGACAUGGUCGUGGACGUGGACGUGGACGUGGACGUGGACGAGGACAUGGACGUGGACGUGGACGUGGACGUGGACAUGGACGAGGAUGUGGACGUGGACGUGGACGAGGACAUGGACGUGGACGAGGACAUGGACGUGGACGUGGACGUGGACGUGGACGUGGAUAUAGACGUGGACGUGGACAUGGACGUGGACGUGGACAUGGUCGUGGACGUGGACGUGGACGUGGACGUGGACGAGGACAUGGACGUGGACGUGGACGUGGACGUGGACGUGGACAUGGACGUGGACGUGGACGUGGACGAGGAUGUGGACGUGAUCGUGGACGUGGACGAGGAUGUGGACGUGAUCGUGGACAUGGACGUGGACGUGAACGUGGACAUGGACGUGGACGUGGACAUGGACGUGGACGUGGACGUGGACAUGGUCGUGGACGUCGACGUGGACGUGAACAUGGACGUGGACGUGGACGUGGACGUGGACGUGAACGUGGUCGUGGACGUGGACGUGGAAGUGGACGUGGACGUGGACGUGGUCAUGGAUGUGGUCGUAGACGUAGACGUGGUCGUGGACGUGGUCGUAGACGUGGAUGUGGACGUGGACGUGGACGUGGACAUGGACGUGGACGUGGACGUAGACGUGAACAUGGACAUGGACAUGGACGUGGACGUGGACGUGGUCGUGGACGUGGAGGUGGACAUGGACGUGGUCGUGGUCGUGAACGUGGACGUGGACGUGGUCGUGGACGUGGACGUGGACGUGGACGUGGAGGACGUGGACGUGGAGGACGUGGACGUGGACGUGGAGGACGUGGACGUGGACGUGGACGUGGACGUUGAUGUGGACGUGGACGUAGACGUGGUGGUGGACGUGGAGGACUUGGACGUGGACAUGGACGUGGACGUGGACGUGGACGUGGACGUGGACGUGGACGUGGUCGUGGACGUGGACGUAGACGUGGACGUGGACGUGGACGUGGACGUGGACUUGGACGUGGACGUGGACGUGGACGUGGACGUGGACGUGGACGUGGACGUGGACGUGGACAUGGACGUGGUCGUGGACGUGGACGUGGACGUGGUCGUGGACGUGGACGUGGACGUGGACGUGGACGUGAACCUGGACGUGGACGUGGAUGUGGACGUGGAGGACGUGGACGUGGACGUGGACGUGGACUUGGACGUGGACGUGGACGUGGACCUGGACGUGGACGUGGACGUGGACCUGGACCUGGACUUGGACGUGGACGUGGACGUGGACUUGGACGUGGACGUGGACGUGGUCGUGGACGUGGUCAUGGACGUGGAGGACUUGGACGUGGACGUGGACGUGGUCAUGGACGUGGACGUGGACCUGGACGUGGACGUGGUCGUGGACGUGGUCGUUGUCGUGGACGUGGAGGACGUGGUCGUGGACGUGGACGUGGACGUGGACGUGGUCGUGGUCGUGGACGUGGUCGUAGACGUGGACGUGGUCGUAGACGUGGACGUGGUCGUGGACGUGGACAUGGACGUGGUCGUGGACGUGGAGGACUUGGACGUGGAUGUGGAUGUGGACGUGGACCUGGACGUGGACGUGGACGUGGACGUGGUCGUGGAUGGGGACGUGGUCGUGGAGGACGUGGACGUGGAUGUGGACGUGGACGUGGACGUGGACGUGGACGUGGUCGUGGAUGUGGACGUGGACUUGGACGUGGUCGUGGACGUGGACGUGGUCGUGGACGUGGACGUGGACGUGGACGUGGACUUGGACGUGGACGUGGACGUGGACGUGGACGUGGUCGUGGACGUGGAGGACUUGGACGUGGACAUGGACGUGGACGUGGACGUGGACGUGGACCUGGAGGUGGUCGUGGACGUGGACGUGGUCGUGGACGUGGACGUGGACCUGGACGUGGACGUGGACCUGGACGUGGACGUGGACGUGGACCUGGACUUGGACGUGGACGUGGAUGACGUGGACGUGGACGUGGAGGACGUGGAGGUGGAUGUGGAUGUGGACGUGGACGUGGUCGUGGACGUGGACGUUGACGUGGACGUGGACGUGGACGUGGUUGUGGACAUGGAGGACUUGGACUUGGACGUGGAGGACUUGGACGUGGACGUCGAGGACAUGGUCGUGGACGUGGUCAUGGACGUGAACGUGGAGGUGGACGUGGACGUGGUGGAGGACGUGGACGUGGACGUGGAGGACUUUGACGUGGACGUGGACGUGGACGUGGACGCGGACGUGGUCGUGGACGUGGACGCGGACGUGGACCUGGACUUGGACGUGGACGUAGACGUGGUCGUCCACGACGUGGACUUGGACGUGGACGUGGACGUGGUCGUGGACGUGGAGGACUUGGACGUGGACGUGGAUGUGGACGUGGACGUGGUCGUGGACAUGGACGUGGACGUGGUCGUCACCGUGGACUUGGACUUGGUCGUGGUCGUGGACGUGGACGUGGACGUGGAUAUGAUCGUGGACGUGGAGGACGUAGACGCGGACGUGGACGUGGGCGUGGACGUGGACCUGGACGUGGACGUGGUCAUGGAGGACGUGGACGUGGACGUGAACAUGGACGAGGACGUGGUCGUGGACGUGGUCGUGGACGUGGACGUGGACGUGGACGUGGACGUGGACGUGGACGUCGUCGUGGACAUGGACGUGGAUGUGGACGUGGACGUGGACGUGGACUUGGACGUGGACGUGGACGUGGACUUGGACGUGGACGUGGACGUGGACGUGGAAUUGGACGUGGACGUGGACGUGGACGUGGACUUGGACGUGGAUGUGGACGUGGUCGUCGACGUGGACGUGGUCGUGGACGUGGACGUGGACGUGGACGUGGACGUGGACGUGGACGUGGACGUGGUCGUGGACGUGGACGUGGACGUGGACGUGGACAUGGACGUGGAUGUGGAGGACGUGGACGUGGACGUGGACGUGGAGGACGUGGACGUGGAGGACGUGGACGUGGACGUGGACGUGGACGUGGACGUGGAGGACGUGGACGUGGAGGACGUGGACGUGGACGUGGAGGACGUGGACGUGGACGUGGACGUGGACGUUGACGUGGACGUGGACGUGGUGGUGGACGUGGAGGACUUGGACGUGGACAUGGACGUGGAUGUGGACGUGGACGUGGACGUGGACGUGGACGUGGACGUGGUCGUGGACGUGGACGUGGACGUGGACGUGGACGUGGACGUGGACUUGGACGUGGACAUGGACAUGGACGUGGACGUGGACGUGGACGUGGACAUGGACGUGGACAUGGACGUGGACGAGGACAUGGACGUGGACGUGGACGUGGACGUGGACGUGGACGUGGACGUGGACGUAGACGUGGACGUGGACGUGGACGUGGACAUGGACGUGGACGUGGACGUGGACUUGGACAUGGACGUGGACGUGGACGUGGACAUGGUCGUGGACGUGGACGUGGACGUGGACGUGGACAUGGUCGAGGACGUGGACGUGGACGUGGACAUGGACGUGGACGUGGACGUGGACGUGGACGUGAACAUGGACGUGGACGUGGACGUGGACGUGGACGUGGACGUGGACGUGAACAUGGACGUGGACGUGGACGUGGACGUGGACGUGGACGUGGACGUGGACUUGGACGUGGACGUGGACGUGGACCUGGACGUGGACGUGGACGUGGACCUGGACCUGGACUUGGACGUGGACGUGGACGUGGACUUGGACGUGGACGUGGACGUGGUCGUGGACGUGGUCAUGGACGUGGAGGACUUGGACGUGGACGUGGACGUGGUCGUGGACGUGGACGUGGACCUGGACGUGGACGUGGUCGUGGACGUGGUCGUUGUCGUGGACGUGGAGGACGUGGUCGUGGACGUGGACGUGGACGUGGUCGUGGUCGUGGACGUGGUCGUAGACGUGGACGUGGUCGUAGACGUGGACGUGGUCGUGGACGUGGACAUGGACGUGGUCGUGGACGUGGAGGACUUGGACGUGGAUGUGGAUGUGGACGUGGACCUGGACGUGGACGUGGACGUGGACGUGGUCGUGGAUGGGGACGUGGUCGUGGAGGACGUGGACGUGGAUGUGGACGUGGACGUGGAUGUGGACGUGGACGUGGUCGUGGAUGUGGACGUGGACUUGGACGUGGUCGUGGACGUGGACGUGGUCGUGGACGUGGACGUGGACGUGGACGUGGACUUGGACGUGGACGUGGACGUGGUCGUGGACGUGGAGGACUUGGACGUGGACAUGGACGUGGACGUGGACGUGGACGUGGACCUGGAGGUGGUCGUGGACGUGGACGUGGUCGUGGACGUGGACGUGGACCUGGACGUGGACGUGGACCUGGACGUGGACGUGGACGUGGACCUGGACUUGGACGUGGACGUGGAUGACGUGGACGUGGACGUGGAGGACGUGGAGGUGGAUGUGGAUGUGGACGUGGACGUGGUCGUGGACGUGGACGUGGACGUUGACGUGGACGUGGACGUGGACGUGGUUGUGGACAUGGAGGACUUGGACUUGGACGAGGAGGACUUGGACGUGGACGUCGAGGACAUGGUCGUGGACGUGGUCAUGGACGUGAAUGUGGACGUGGACGUGGUGGAGGACGUGGACGUGGACGUGGAGGACUUUGACGUGGACGUGGACGUGGACGUGGACGCGGACGUGGUCAUGGACGUGGACGCGGACGUGGACCUGGACUUGGACGUGGACGUAGACGUGGUCGUCCACGACGUGGACUUGGACGUGGACGUGGACGUGGUCGUGGACGUGGAGGACUUGGACGUGGACGUGGACGUGGAUGUGGACGUCGACGUGGUCGUGGACAUGGACGUGGACGUGGUCGCCACCGUGGACUUGGACUUGGUCGUGGUCGUGGACGUGGACGUGGACGUGGACGUGGACAUGAUCAUGGACGUGGAGGACGUAGACGCGGACGUGGACGUGGGCGUGGACGUGGACCUGGACGUGGACGUGGUCAUGGAGGACGUGGACGUGGACGUAAACAUGGACGAGGACGUGGUCGUGGACAUGGAGGACUUGGAGGUGGACGUGGACGUGGACAUGGUCGUGGACGUGGACGUGAUCGUGGACGUGGACGUGAAAUUGGACGUGGACGUGGACGUGGACGUGGACGUCGUCGUGGACAUGGACGUGGAUGUGGACGUGGACGUGGACGUGGACUUGGACGUGGACGUGGACGUGGACGUGGACUUGGACGUGGACGUGGACGUGGACGUGGAAUUCGACGUGGACGUGGACGUGGACGUGGACUUGGACGUGGAUGUGGACGUGGUCGUCGACGUGGACGUGGUCGUGGACGUGGACGUAAACGUGGACGUGGUCGUGGACGUGGACGUGGACGUGGACGUGGUCGUGGACGUGGACGUGGACGUGGACGUGGACAUGGACGUGGAUGUGGAGGACGUGGACGUGGACGUGGACGUGGAGGACGUGGACGUGGAGGACGUGGAUGUGGACGUGGACGUGGACGUGGAGGACGUGGACGUGGAGGACGUGGACGUGGACGUGGAGGACGUGGACGUGGACGUGGACGUUAACGUGGACGUGGACGUGGUCGUGGACGUGGAGGACUUGGACGUGGACAUGGACGUGGACGUGGACGUGGUCGUGGACGUAGACGUGGACGUGGACGAGGUCGUGGUCGUGGACGUGGUCGUAGACGUGGACGUGGUCGUCCACGACGUGGACUUGGAUGUGGACGUGGAUGUGGACGUGGUCGUGGACGUGGAGGACUUGGACGUGGACGUGGACGUGGACGUGGACAUGGUCGUGGACGUGGACGUGGACGUCGACGUGGUCCUUGAGGACGUGGACGUGGUCGUGGAGGACGUGGACGUGGACGUGGACGUGGACGUGGAGGACUUGGACGUGGACGGGGACGUGGACCUGGUCGUGGACGUGGACGUGGUCGUGGACGUGGACGUGGUCACGGACGUGGACGUGGACGUGGACGUGAACUUGGACGUGGACGUGAACCUGGAUGUGGACAUGGACGUGGACGUGGACGUGGACGUGGUUGUGGACGUGGACGUGGACGUGGUCGUGGACGUGGACGUGGACGUGGACGUGGUCGUGGACGUGGACGUGGACCUGGACGUGAUCGUGGACGUGGACGUGGACAUGGAGGACGUGGACGUGGAGGACGUGGACGUGGAGGACGUGGACGUCGACGUGAUCGUGGACGUGGACGUAGACGUGGACGUGGACGUGGUCGUGGAUGUGGAGGACUUGGACGUGGACGUAGAGGAAUUGGACGUGGACGUGGAGGAAUUGGACGUGGACGUCGACGUGGUCGUGGACGUGUUCAUGGACGUGGACCUGGACGUGGACGUGGACGUGGACGUGGUGGAGGACGUUGACGUGGACCUGGACGUGGACGUGGAGGACGUGGACGUGGAGGACGUGGACGUGGACGUGGAGGACGUGGACGUGGAUGUGGACGUGGACGUGGACGUGGACGUGGUCGUGGACGUCGACGUGGUCGUGGAGGACGUGGACGUGGACGUGGACGUGGAGGACUUGGACCUGGACGUGGAGGACGUGGACGUGGACGUGGACGUGGACUUGGACGUGGACCUGGACGUGGACCUGGACGUGGACGUGGACGUGGACGUGGACCUGGACCUGGACUUGGACGUGGACGUGGACCUAGACGUGAUCGUGGACGUGGACGUGGACGUCGAUGUGGACGUGGACGUUGAUGUGGUCGUGGACGUGGUCGUGGUCGUGGACGUGGUCGUGGUCUUGGAGGUGGACGUGGUCGUGGACGUGGACGUGGACGUGGACGUCGUCGUGAACGUAGAGGACUUGGACGUGGACGGGGGCGUGGUCGUGGACGCGGACCUGGACGUGGACGUGGACGUGGUCGUGGAUGUAGUCGUGGUCGUGGACGUGGAGGACGUGGUCGUGGACGUGGACGUGGACAUGGACGUGGACGUGGUCGUGGUCGUGGACGUGGUCGGAGACGUGGACGUGGUCGUCCACGACGUGGACGUGGACGUGGACAUGGACGUGGUCGUGGACGUGGAGGACUUAGACGUGGACGUGGAUGUGGACGUGGACCUGGACGUGGACGUGGACGUGGACGUGGUCGUGGACGUGGAUGUGGUCGUGGAGGACGUGGACGUGGACGUGGACGUGGACGUGGUCGUGGACGUGGACGUGGUCGUGGACGUGGACGUGGACCUGGACGUGGUCGUGGACGUGGACAUGGUCGUGGACGUGGACGUGGACGUGGUCGUGGACGUGGACGUGGUCGUCGAUGUGGACGUGGACGUGGACGUGGACGUGGACGUGGUUGUGGACGUGGACGUGGUCGUGGACGUGAAGGACUUGGACGUGGACAUGGACGUGGACCUCGACGUGGACGUGGACCUGGAGGUGGUCGUGGACGUGGACGUGGUCGUGGACGUGGACGUGGACCUGGACGUGGACAUGGACGUGGACGUGGACGUGGACAUGGACGUUUUGGACGUGGACGUCGACGUGGUCGUGGACGUGUUCAUGGACGUGGACCUGGACGUGGACGUGGACGUGGACGUGGACGUGGUGGAGGACGUUGACGUGGACCUGGACGUGGACGUGGAGAACGUGGACGUGGAGGACGUGGACGUGGACGUGGAGGACGUGGACGUGGAUGUGGACAUGGACGUGGACGUGGACAUGGUCGUGGACGUCGACGUGGUCGUGGAGGACGUGGACGUGGACGUGGACGUGGAGGACUUGGACCUGGACGUGGAGGACGUGCACGUGGACGUGGACGUGGACGUGGACUUGGACGUGGACCUGGACGUGGACCUGGACGUGGACGUGGACGUGGACGUGGACUUGGACCUGGACUUGGACGUGGACGUGGACCUAGACGUGAUCGUGGACGUGGACGUGGACGUGGAUGUGGACGUGGACGUUGAUGUGGUCGUGGACGUGGUCGUGGUCGUGGACGUGGUCGUGGUCUUGGAGGUGGACGUGGUCGUGGACGUGGACGUGGACGUGGACGUCGUCGUGAACGUGGAGGACUUGGACGUGGACGGGGGCGUGGUCGUGGACGCGGACCUGGACGUGGACGUGGACGUGGUCGUGGACGUAGUCGUGGUCGUGGACGUGGAGGACGUGGUCGUGGACGUGGACGUGGACAUGGACGUGGACAUGGUCGUGGUCGUGGACGUGGUCGGAGAUGUGGACGUGGUUGUCCACGACGUGGACGUAGACGUGGACAUGGACGUGGUCGUGGACGUGGAGGACUUAGACGUGGACGUGGAUGUGGACGUGGACCUGGACGUGGACGUGGACGUGGUCGUGGACGUGGAUGUGGUCGUGGAGGACGUGGACGUGGACGUGGACGUGGACGUGGUCGUGGACGUGGACGUGGUCGUGGACGUGGACGUGGACGUGGACGUGGACGUGGUCGUGGACGUGGACGUGGUCGUGGACGUGGACGUGGACGUGGUCGUGGACGUGGACGUGGUCGUGGACGUGGACGUGGACGUGGACGUGGACGUGGACGUGGUCGUGGACGUGGAGGACUUGGACGUGGUCAUGGACAUGGACGUGGACGUGGACGUGGACGUGGACAUGGAGGUGGUCGUGGACGUGGACGUGGUCGUGGACGUGGACCUGGACGUGGACGUGGACCUGGACAUGGACACGCGGACGGGGGCGGACGUGGACGCGUUCGUGGGGGCGGACGUGGACGCGGUCGUUGACGCGGACGCUGAUGCGGUCGCGGACGUGGACGCGGACGUGGACGCGGUCAUGGACGCGGACGUGGACGUCGACGUGGUCGUAGACGCGGACGUGGACGUGGACGCGGACGUGGACGUGGACGUGGACGUGGUCGUGGUCGACGACGUGGACGUGGUCGUGGUCGUGGUCGACGACGUGGACGUGGUCGUGGACGUGGAGGACGUGGACGUGGUCGUGGACGUGGACGUGGACGUGGACAUGGUCGUGGACGUGGACGUGGACGUGGACGUGGACGUGGACGUGGACGUGGACGUGGACGUGGUCGUGGACGUGGACGUGGACGUGGAAGUGGACGUGGACAUGGACGUGGACGUGGUCGUGGACGUGGUCGUGGACGUGGACGUGGACGUGGACGUGGACGUGGACGUGGACAUGGACGUGGACGUGGACGUGGACGUGGACGUGGCAGGGACGUGGACGGACGUGGACGUGGACGUGGACGUGGACGUGGUCGUGGACGUGGACGUGGACGUGGACGUGGUCGUGGAGGACGUGGACGUGGUCGUGGAGGACGUGGACGUCGACGUGGAGGACGUGGAUGUGGACAUGGACGUAGACGUGGACGUGGACAUGGUCGUGGGCAUGGAGGACUUGGACAUGGACGUGGACAUGGACGUGGACGUGGACGUGGAGGACGUGGACGUGGAGGACGUGGACGUGGACGUGGAGGACGUGGACGUGGACGUAGACGUGGACGUGGACGUGGUCGUGGACAUGGAGGAUUUGGACGUGGACGUGGACGUGGACGUGGACGUGGUUGUGGACGUGGAGGACGUGGACGUGGACGUGGACGUGGUCGUGGACGUGGACGUGGACGUGGUUGUGGACGUGGACGUGGACGUGGACGUGGACUUGGACGUGGACGUGGACGUCGACGUGGUCGUGGACGUGGAGGACUUGGACGUGGACAUGGACGUGGACGUGGAGGUGGACGUGGAGGUGGUCGUGGACGUGGACGUGGUCGUGGACGUGGACAUGGACCUGGACGUGGACGUGGACGUGGACGUGGACCUGGACGUGGUCGUGGACGUGGACCUGGACUUGGACGUGGACAUGGACGACGUGGACGUGGUCGUGGAGGACGUGUACUUUGACGUGGAGGACGUGGAUGUGGACAUGGACGUAGACGUGGACGUGGACAUGGUCGUGGGCAUGGAGGACUUGGACAUGGACGUGGACGUGGAGGACGUGGACGUGGAGGACGUGGACGUGGACAUGGAGGACGUGGACGUGGACGUAGACGUGGACGUGGACGUGGUCGUGGACAUGGAGGAUUUGGACGUGGACGUGGACGUGGACGUGGACGUGGACGUGGUCGUGGACGUGGACGUGGAGGACGUGGACGUGGACGUGGACGUGGUCGUGGACGUGGACGUGGUCGUGGACGUGGACGUGGACGUGGACGUGGACUUGGACGUGGACGUGGACGUGGUCGUGGACGUGGAGGACUUGGACGUGGACAUGGACGUGGACGUGGAGGUGGACGUGGAGGUGGUCGUGGACGUGGACGUGGUCGUGGACGUGGACAUGGACCUGGACGUGGACGUGGACGUGGACGUGGACCUUGACGUGGUCGUGGACGUGGACCUGGACUUGGACGUGGACGUGGAUGUGGACGUGGACUUGGACGUGGACGUGGAGGACAUGGACGUGGACGUGGUCGUGGACGUGGUCAUGGACGUGGACGUGGACGUGCACGUGGACGUGGUGGAGGACGUGGACUGA